UCAGGGUUGUCUACCCUCUUUCGAAUAGGGUAUAUGUUUUGAAUCUUAAUGUGAUAUACAAGACAGGACUCCAAGGACUUAUUGAGAAGUUAAAACAUGUCUUUGCUAAGCUUCUACCAAAACAGAUGGUUGUUAAGGCAAAGACUUGGACCUGCAGAUGUUUACCCACAAGAAGCAAAGCAAAAAGAAGAUGAAUUGACGUCAGUUAACGUUAAACAAGGUUUCAUCAACCAACCCCCAUUUAAUGAGGAAUAUUCAAGUGCUCAUCUUUAUACAAUUGAUGCAAACAAGAUAAAUCAAAGCUUCAACCAAAUUUUGACUCAAAAGCAAGUAGUCACAACUUUUAACGACGCAGGAGCUGGAAAACGACUCAAACCUCAAGUUUAUAAAGAACAAUUCUGGCUGGUGCCAGUUAUCAAUGCCAAAUGUCGGGUUCAUUUACAAACUUGGUUCAAAGACUUAAUUCGUGGAACAAGUUUGUUGAAUUUAUGCAGAAGAGUUCCUGUGUUUAGCAAGAAGGAUGAUUUGUUUCGAACACUAUCAGAAUAUGAAGUACCGAUGGUCCGUGCAACAUGGGUGAUCAAAAUAACAUCUGCGUAUCAUCUCACACAAACUGAUGCAAAAAUUAAGAAAAGAGCGGCCAAUGACCCAAAUCUGGAAUGGACACAAGCAAUCUGCAGGUUUAUGAGGGAACAUUUGGUGAAAUUAAACAACGACAAUAAUAAUCAACCAAACAGCAAUAGUUCAAUGAAUUUAUCAAGUGGUAUUGAAACUGUAUGCAGUGUAAUGAACAGCCAAACUAUGCUAACUCGUGAAGAUAUUGAAGUUAUGUUGAAAUAUAUCAGUUGUUUGGCACAUCACAUGUAUUCUGAGGGCUUAUUUGACCGAAAUGAAUUCUUAUCAUGGGUGGUUGAUGAAUUUGAAUGUAUUUCUCUAUAUGAUGAAAUUGCACUUAGUUAUUUUGUUCCAAUAUUACAAAACUAUAUAGAGGAAGUGACCAUGAAUCAACUAUUAGCGAGAAGAAUGUCAUUUGCUGCCGCACGCCAUCUCAGUUGGUUAUUUAUUGAAGGAGCAAACUCAAGAUCUCAAUCCCCAGCUCUGCAGUCAGGGAAUAACACUCCCGGCACUAGCACACCCCAACUCACACGCCCAACUUCGGUCCAACUUAAACAACAAUGCCCCGAACACUUGCUGUCCAUUGCCCAUACCCUUGCAUGUGUUAUACAAUGUACAGUUAUAACAUGUCCUGGUGCUUUGGUGUGGUAUCAACCAUUCGAUGCAAAAGCAAGUGGUUCGCCAUUAGAUUUGCUCCCAUGCGCGCCGUCGGACCUACCAUUGCCUGAUAUACCUAAGUGGGAUACUGAAGCACUCGAAACGGACAGAUUAACCAGGUUACUACUUCAAGAGCAAGAGGCUGAUAUUGUUCGUAGAUCAAGAGCUUCUGAGAUGAAAUGGUCAACUGAUAAGUGCCAGGAGUCUACAACAGGACACACGAUUAACCGAGUGCUAAGUGCAUUAGAAGCAUUGGACAAACAACAUUUUGAUCGUCGACCUGCAGAUUCAUGGGGCGACCCGUUAGAUUUACUUUAUCAUAAAAUAUUUGACCAAGGUCAUGGUAAAGAUGGAGACAACCAGUUGACAAAAUCGAGUGAAGAUGCAGUUAUAGGAUUAUUAUGUGAAUGGGCAAUAUCACCCAAGCGUUUGGGAGAACAUAGAGCUGCUGUUGUUGCCAAACUACUUGAGUUACGACAGUCGCACCAUGAACAAGUUGAAUAUCCAGACACAACAAUUGAGACGGACACCUCAUUAAAUACAUCGGUUGGUGGGGUUAUAAAUACUUCAGCUCCAAUCAACAACUACCAACCAAACAACCACACAAACAACGUACCAUAUUUCCAGAACCUUCUUUUCACUUUUUUGGACCAACAAGCUCCAGAAUUAAAAAACCCUAAAGACGGUGAAGAAACUCAAUCAUUUAAAAAUCUUGUUCUUCUAUUCUCUGAACUGAUUGAACAUGAUGUGUUUUCACAUGAUAUCUACAUGAACACACUCAUAUCACGAGGGGAAAUCUCACCAGGCGACAUUGGUCCACUACCUUCAUUCAACACAGGCAGUGUUGAUGGUCAAAUGGAUUCUAAUCAGCAUUUAUCAAAUCUACCAAACUUCAAUAACAAACAGAUGGAAGUAAAAAUGGAGGAAGAAGAUCCUCGAUGUCCGGAUGUUGGUUCAAUGGACUUCCUUACAUCCAAUGAAAGCGUCUUCAGUCCUGGUGAAUGUCGCAGCGACAGACAUUUCUUGGAUGCGGUUCGUUCCUCUAUGGAAAACCCGAAUAAAUCGUCAGCAAAUUUUGACGCUUCUGAUGGAAGUUAUUCAAAUAUAUGGGGACAUGGGCAACCUCGUCAUGUUCAGUAUCUCAUGCAUUUCCCCAUUUCAUUCCAAGAGGAUGGAAUGACACAGGAAUGGAACCAGAGGUUGAUGGUUUUAUAUGGUGCUGGUAGGUUGAAGACUGACGUCAAACGUGCGGUUCGUAAAGUUACAAGACAUCUUACUAAACUUGUUCAAUGCAAGAGAACUAUGGAUGAUGGUGUAGACACAAAUCCUACUUUAACUCCCAGUGGAAAGAAAAUAAAGAAAUCACCAAAAUCCUCUCAUAUCGAACUGUUAUCGCGAUAUCGAGUUCUUUCUUAUUUUGACCAACACAUGAUCACAUCAACUGUGGCCAAAUCACUUUUAACAGCAAUCAACAACUAUAUAGCUGGCAGAUCAUCAUGUCUUCCUCGUUUGGAAGUUGUUCUUCUUCUUUUUGAUCUCAUGGAGGAAGCGUUAAAUGUUGGAGGACUUGUAAGGACUGCCGUUGCUAUAGCAACUCGCUUGGCUGAUCUAGCCAAUGAGAUUCAGCGUAGAAAAGCAGAAACCAACAGUUUGAAUGUUGAAUAUGUUUGGUACACAACCGAACUUUCACUUGCUGUUGUAUCAGUAUUGAGACAUUAUAUAAGUUUUCUGACACUCAACAUGGAUCUUACAUUCAAUGCAUUUGAAGGACUACUCGAUGCAACGAAACAAUCUUGCAUCUCAAACCCAACACAGUGCGCAUCUGCUGAUAGGAGUGUCCUGGUAUUUUUAUAUGAUCUUUAUACAUCGUUUGGUUACAUACGAUCACAACGAUCGGAAGCAUUUGGUGGAUACGUUGCGAGUGUUAGACAAGCUCUCUGUUCAACUAAGAAACCAGCUACAACAAAUUGCAGAUAUGAUCAAACUUUUCUUCAAAGUUUCAUCGACGACCCAAUGGCUCAAUCCCCAUUGUCAGUGGCUGAAAAAUACAGUGGUUUAUUACAAGAUGUAUCGCGCAGAUACAGCUUUGUGUGUUCCGCUGUUAUCACAGUCUGUAAUGGACAUCAAGACUUUGAAAAAGUAAAUGCACUUGCUGUUUUAUGUGCUGAAAUGAAUGCCAGAUGUAAUGAGUUGAGUUCCGAAUGGCUGGGAGUGUUAAGAGCUCUCUGUUUCUCUUCGUGUACCGUCAACUUUAAUGACGUUCUCUUAAUAGUUGAGGCUGGAGAUGCUCAAAUCCGAGAUCCUUUAUCUCUAUUUACAGCAGUGUUAAUAGCAAGAGGUUGUUUAUCAUUAGAAGAUGUUAUACAGCAUGUGGCCAUCCCUUCACUGCUUGCUGCUUGUAAAAGUCGAACUUCACCAGAUUUACCGAACCCUGAUACAAGUGCCAGGCUGACAUGCCACCUCCUACUCCAGUUAUUUAAAGCUCCAAGUUCAAAUAAAUCAAGUUUCCGUCUUCCAUUUUCAUCCGACCGUCAUCUUCUUGCAGCUGCACAACACAGUAUAGCAGUUGGUGCUGUACUUGCUGUGUUGAAGGGGGUGCUUAAACUAGGUGAUGCAAGGCUAUCAAGUGGUAAGAAUGCUUUUUCUCACGAAAGUGAACUUUGUGUGACAAGUUUCUUGAAACCAAUUGGAAAUUUGGAUGAUUUUGACGACCUUCAUAUGACUGGUGGACAGGAUAUUAAAAAUCGGAAGAGUGGCCCAUCUUCUUCCAUGGACGGAGCAAGUUUGAGUGAAUUUGCCAAACACGCCGUUCGUGUUAUUUGUUCACAACAAUGGGUUCGUGAAAAAUGUUUAAAGGAUCCUGUGAUGGAUUUACUUAUGGACCAAGUACUUACAAGAGAGCAGAGACAAAAUCUCAUUCAACUUAUUUGUUAUCCGGAAAAUCUUCUUCAGGUUAAACUCUCGGGACUCAGUAAUGAGCCAAGAAAAUACGUUGUGAGCGUUUUGAGUGGUAUGACGCGAUGGACUUUCAGACAAUGUCUUCUUGAAUUGCAAGUCAUGCUUAGACAGUCACCACAAGAAAAGAGUUUGCCUGAACAUAUUGCUAAAGCCACAAUUGAAGUUUUCCAACAGCAACAACAACAGCAGAAUCUCGAUUCGACAAAAGAAAGAAAAUCUUCGCUUACUGGUCCAGAACUUGAUCGUUGCAAUGUUUGGCUGGUUGCCCCACUUGUUAGUAAACUACCAUCACAGGUUCAAGGAAGAGUCCUCCAGGAGGCGAGUGCGAUCCUAGAAGCUCCACAAAACCUCUCCUCCACUUCUACAAGGAGCGGGGCUGGAGCAAGAUCGGAAAGAGAUAAUCGGCAAGGAGGAUCUUCUCUCCUCAACCAUCAACCAUUCCUCACACUUAUAUUGACUUGUCUCAAGGGUCAAGACGAACAGCGAGACUCAUUGUUGGAAUCUCUACAGUCACAAAUAGUGAUGUUGCAUUCAGAAUGGCAAGAUGCUCGAUCACAUCGGGGCUCGUGUAAGGACUUAAACAACUCACAAAACUGUGUUCAUGAUGCUCUGCAAUUAAGAUUAAGUCUGGUUGGUGGAAUGUUUGACACAGUGAUGAGCAACUCACAGUGGACAAGUGAUGUGGUCGUACUUCUCAUGCAACUUAUUAUAUCUGGCAUGGUAGAUGUACAGACAAAUUCUGAGUUAUUUGACAUUGUGUACGACAUGAUCGCCGUUCUACUUCACCAUACGUUGGGCGGGGAUUGCGCAAAUAAAGGAGAAGGAAGCAAAAGGGAAUAUAUUAAUAUUGUCAAAAAAAUGAAGAAAGAAAUGGGCGACAAACAAACUGAAAGUAUCCGAAGAUUGCGACAACUUCUCCCGAUAACUAGACCUGAGGUUUAUGUUGUAUGUUGUGAACCAUCGGGGGCGCACAUGGAUAUUAAAGGAAAUAAAAUCCCAGUCCCUGUGGAUGGGAACCAAGGCCUUCAGGUGACAUCCAAGCAAAAACUAAACAUGUGGGACGUGAUUGAAGGAUUGAAACAUUCCUCCCCACUUUGUCUCGCAUGGUUCGGAGCUCGGACCAUCGAACGUAAACCAAUGUUUUAUGAAGAACAACAUAACUUGAUGUUACACCACCAACACAGUAGGAAAAGAGAUUUGAUAGACUUCCUCUCUCCUCCACAACUUCCUCCAGAGGAAGAAGAGGAAGCUGAGUUGAUCCCCGUUCCUACUAAGAUCCCGGAUCACAAAGGAUCAGUUUUGAAAAAUCCCUUCGGAGCAUCCUCUGCAUCCACGGAAGGAAUGAAACAACCUCCGCCAAAGAAGAAAAAAAAAUCAAGAGUUCGGACUUCCAGCGAGCAAAACUUACCUGUCCCGUACCGACAAACAUUCUCUGUCGCCCCGAACCCCGUUCCCGCUGGCAGUUUGUUGAACCAGAUGGGGACGACAUCAACACAAGUCAAUUCGUUUCAACACCCAAACAACUUCCCGAACAACCCCCCAAAUUACCCCAACUAUCAACAAACGAAUCAACAAAUCACGUCAACAUACGGGGCAAACAAUUUCCCACCUUCAGCACAACAAGCACAGGCGCAAAGUACGCAUUUUAAAGACCGUACACGCCAAGCUUUGCAACUCAAAUUAUUAUCGCGACAUCCAGCGCAAGGUAAAACUAACACUGGGCAUAUGGGAACACAAGGUUAUUCAGAUAUUUCUAAAUCUGUGAUCAGACAGCGCUUAGAAGGGCAUGUGCGUACAAGCAGUCAUGUUCCUUCACACGACAUGUACAGCAACCAACCACAAUCACGACAAGUUGGUUUACAGCAACAUAUGAUAAACCAGGGGAGUGUCGGAUAUAAUUCAUACAACACGCCAACACCUGCAAUGCAACAAAACCAACAUGGAAUUAUGCAAGGUUAUAACAACAGUGGUUACCGAAACACCAACCCUCCCAACAACCAGAUUGGUUACCAACAAUCAACCAACACCAGCGCUCAAUCAAACCAGCAGUUCAUGAACCAACAACAAAACGCUAACACUGCUUAUGGAGUGAGCGGUAUCCACCCAAAUAGUCAGCAGACUGCGUAUUCAAACCCCCAGCAAGUGAGCAGUGGUAUGGGCAUGAUAGGCAUGGGUGGACAAGCAGGACAACCAAACCAAUAUGGCAUGACGUCAAUGCAACGUGGGACCAGUCAACCAACACACAUGGCGAGAAUGAACCAACAGCAAGUACAUAUGGGUGGUAGUAAUGUACAUCAGAUGAAUACUGGUCAAAAUAUGCAAGGCACAAUGAACCAACGACAAGUGAUGGGACAUCAGUCUGUAAUGAAUCCACAGCAACAAUACAGCACACGUAUGUUGAAUACACAACCACAAUCAAACCAACUGAUAGAUAUGAGAAGAAAUAUUCACCAGCAAGGACCCCCACCUUACUAACAACUGGAUGCUAAAGAAUCAAAGGAAUAUAAAUAACUACAUACUGCCCUUUAACUGAACAGUUGCUGAGCAAAUAAUAAAGUCACAGUGCAAUUUUUAUUACAAUCAAAUAAAUAAAUUUCAUAAACGUGAAAA